CUUUUGCGAUCGGAGGCUCCGGUCGGGUGCAUACCAAGUACUGUGCACAUAUGACGUUGAGGUUCGCUUCACAAUAGGCCCUGUCUGGGUAUAAGUACAACAACCUCCAGGCUAUAGGGAGUAGUUCACAAAAUCGGAAAGACAUCCUUAUCAGAUGAUGUGUUCAGAUCUACCCCAGCUUUCAGGGCUGACGCCCAACCUUCCGAAUUCGGAGUUCCGCGGAACCACCUGCCAAUUCAGGCGAUCAACUGGAGGGGCAGCUUGGAAACAUCCCCCAUCGAUGAAUUUGUCGCCAGAAACUCGAGGUACUUAAGUGAGUACCAGUCCGAGCCGUGUUUAAUGACAUCUCAAUCAGAAACCUAUUACUUUCAAUCCUUAAUUGUGCUCAGUCCUCUCUCCUCCACCCCAGAACCCAUCGUCGAUCCAGACCAUAACCAUCCACCACGAUAACUACAAUCAACAGCACAAUGGCCGACCUCCACGGAAUCAUGGUGGCGCUGAUCACCCCCUUCACCGACGACCAGACGGCGAUCGACGCCCCGCGCCUCCAGGCCCUGAUCGAGCGCCUGAUCAAAGCCGGCGUGCACGGCCUCGUCCCCGGCGGCAGCACCGGCGAAUUCACCGCCAUGACCAUUGCAGAACGCAAACAACUGACCGAGCUCGUCGUCAAGUACGCCGACGGCCGCGUGCCCGUCAUCGCCGGCACGGGGGCCCUCACCACGCGGGAGACGCUGGAGCUCUCCCUGCACGCCGCCGAGGCCGGCGCCACAGCGCUGAUGGUGGUGCCCCCCUUCUACGACGCAGUCACCCUAACCGAACUCAAGACCCUGAUGGCCGAGAUCACGCAAGCGACGCAGCUGCCCAUCGUGUACUACAACAUCCCCUCCGCCACGGGGCUGAAACUGACGCCCGCGGAGCUGGCGAGUCUGUCGGAGGUGGGCGUGCGCUACCUGAAGGAUACGUCGGGCGACGCGCCGGCCCUGACGGAGAUGCUGUUCGGGCUGUCGGAUCGGAUCACCGCGUUCAACGGCUGGGACACGCUGACCUUCUACGGGCUGGCGGCGGGCGCGCGUGGCGGGGUCUGGGGCGCGGCCAACAUCAUCCCCGAGCUGGCGGUCGAGCUGUGGGAGGCGGUCGCCGUGCGCGGCGAUCUGGCCCGGGGCCGCGAGCUGUGGGCCAAGGCCUGGCCCGUCUGCAAGUUCCUCGAGUCCCAUAACUAUGCCGCCGCCGUCAAGACGGGGCUGGAGUUGACGGGGACCCCCACCGGUGGCGUGCGCAGGCCGUUUCACAUGUUGGGGACGGAGGCGCAGGAGGAGUUUAAGGUGCUGAUUCAGGGUGCUGGGGUGAAGACUGUUUAACUUAUUGUUUUCAAGAUGAAUAUAUUCGCGGGUUUGUUUUGCGCAGAUGUCAAUGAAAUGUCCAAAGAUUGAUGCUCUUGAUGCUUGGUUGUAGCAGGUUCAGUCCACUGGUAUGGUACGCUCAAAGUCCGGAUGGGGCCAAAGCUGGAUUAAAUCUCGUCAUCUUUGGCGGAUUUCUUCAUGUCAUAGUAUGCGAGAGGUAUUUUGUCUUCAGGCGGAAGUGUACUGCGGAGACAGUGAUCCUACGGUUCAAUCUCCAGCCGGACCCAACCCCGCAGAUCAUUCCUGAUGACCUUAUCACAGACUCAACAGACAAGUGUCGGAUCUUAGCGGCGACGCUAGAAAGAAUGUACAGUCCAGACGUAGCUAAAAAUACCUUGGAGCCUCAACCUUGCCGUGCUUGCCGUGAUAACCGGCGCCCUAGUCAGGCACCCCUGUCAAUGAGUUCCACUCCAGACAAUGACCUAUAGGCCCAGAGUCACGUUAUAAUGACC